AUGAGAUUGGAAGCUAUGGGUUUUCAGGAGUACUUACAUGUUGUGCUAGUCCAGUUCGGACUGCUGAUCGUGCUAAUCUACCACCUCUUCCUCCUCUACAAAUACAUCAAUCACCCUCUCUCCACUGCCAUUGGAUCUGAAAACAUUGACAAGAAAAAUAGGGUUGGAAAAAUCUUGCAGGGUGAAGAUGUUCAAGUUGCAACGAAAGUUAAAACAGCUCUUGAUGUUAUUUCCUCCAAUACAAUUGCAACUACGUCCUUAGCAUCAGUGGCGGAGCCAGAAAUUCAUGUUAGGAGGGCAUCAAUCUCUCUAACUCUGUGCUCUCUCAUUGGAGCUUGGAUGGCAAACUCCAUUAACAACUUCUUACCAAGUGAAAUAAUAUAUGGCAGCACAAACCCAUUAACCGUUUCUAUCAAGUACAUCUGCAUCUUGACAUGUUUUCUCCUUGCUUUUUCAUGCUUUGUUCAAUCAGCUAGGCACUUUGUUCACUCAAACUGCCUUUUAGCCACCCCGGGAGCUACCGCGAAAAGCGACGUGAAAAAAGCCGAUAGAGCAGUUGAAAGGGGAAGCGAGUUUUGGUCACUUGGGCUUAGAGCACUCUACUUUGCUCUCAAUUUUCUGUUGUGGUUUUUUGGACCUAUUCCCAUGUUAGCUUUGUCUGUCGCGACGGUCGUGAUCCUAUCUUGCCACGACUUUGAGAAAGUCUGGCGGUGA